UGGAGGAACAUGCACUGUUUCUGUAGGACCACCAGUGUUCAAAGCUCCUGCAAGUCUUUGCAAGCUGGCAAUACUUCUCUACGUCUGUCUGGAAAUACCUCUACAGUAAAGCCCAACAACCAGCCCAUGUAAAGGAUGUUAGGAGAGAAGCUGUUAUUGCCCAUGAUGCUAAUGUCCGUGACUCUGCAGAUGUUGUAUGGAGAGCACGUGGCAGAGGAGUCCUGCACUGUUCAGAUACUGGUCCCUGGACUCAAGGGUGAACCAGGAGAGAAAGGACAAAAGGGAGCACCAGGGAGACCAGGACGAGUUGGACCUCCUGGAGAGACUGGUCAACCUGGUCUUAAAGGUGAGAAAGGCGUAAUGGGACGUUAUGGAAAAGUUGGCCCAAGUGGAAUGAAAGGGGUAAAGGGAGACAUGGGGGAUGCAGGUCCAAGGGGACCUAAUGGAGAUCCAGGUGUUCCAUGUGAGUGCACACCAAUGAGGAAGAUGAUUGGAGAAAUGGACAUUGUUGUGGCCCAGCUCUCGUCUGAGCUGAAAUUCAUUAAAAAUGCACUGCCCUCCCCUGCAGCUGUUGCUGGCAUAAAAGAGACAGACAGUAAGGUCUAUCUGUUGGUGAAGGAGGAGAAGCGCUACUCCGACGCGGAGGCCUACUGUCAGACGCGGGGAGGGCACCUGGCCAUGCCCAAGGAUGAGGGUGCAAACGCAGCCAUCGCAGGGUACAUAACGGAAGCAGGCCUGAGCAGAGUCUACAUCGGGGUUCAUGACCUGCACCAUGAGGGUGUUUUCACCUACGUGGAUCUCUCUCCCAUGACCACUUUCAGCAAGUGGAGAAAAGGAGAGCCCAACAACGCCUACGAUGAUGAGGACUGUGCUGAGAUGAUGGCCUCUGGGGAGUGGACGGAUGUGGCGUGCCACCCUACCAUGUAUUUUGUUUGUGAAUUUGACAAGGACAGUGUCUGAGUUCAGUCUAUGCUAAAGAGAAAGAGAAGGAAUGUAUGCAAAUAAUGGAACAAAAGUAAAAAAAGACUUCUAAUCUGUAAAUAGGAUGACAAAAUGGCAUGUGAGUUGUGCAAACUAUUAUAUUCUCUACUUUUUAUUGUCCUUAUAAGCGUAUAAGCUAUUUAUUUUCUUAACUCACAAAACAUCUUGUUUUUGUUCUUUUGUGAUAUUUUUACUUAUUUUAAGGGCACUCUUAAUCUCAUACUCUGAUUCAUUAGCGUUUCAAACAGCAUGCCAGAGUUUUUAUGUUAUGCAAACUAUCCACUGAGCAAUAUUUGCAACAGUGCCAUCAACAAACAAGACAAAUAAGCAAAUGUAGGAGGCUGUAGUUUGUGCAUAAAAUAUGAAAUUAAAGAAAGAUUUCGGUUCCAGUCGGGUGCUUUUAAUCAGAGGGAUGAAAUACAAUAUUCAUUCUGUAUUCAUAUUCAUAUGAUAAGCUAUGUGGCAA